AAUGCUGAGACCAAUAUAGAUAAUCCUUCAAAUGCCUCUCGUAGCUUCUGUCUGGUGUCAGCAAGCACAGACGAUGGAUGUCUACCGAUAUAGUCUAUCAGAAAUUGUGAAUGUGCUUCUUGUCAGCUUGCCCGUAUUUUCUGGAUAUUACCUUUUUAUUGCCGAAGGUUAGAUGCUGGUCUUCGUCGUCAUUAUACUUUAGUAUUGAGCAGUUUCUAUGCCUAAUAACAGUGAUGAAGGUAACCUCUUUGCAGUCUUACCUUGUUUUCUAUAAUAUAUGUUGAUCUGCAGUAAGUGUAAAGAAAAUUUGUUGUACAGAGUCGAU